AUGCUCGACAGCGACGUUGACAGCUGGUACGAUUGGAAACAAGGAGAUAACACUAAUGAAAUGUACACCGGAAGCAACGAUAAUACCAAAAACGGUGUACAACUAAUCAGUUCUGAUUGCUCGAGAAAUUUCAUCUCCGACGAUAGUCCAAGAGGAAAUUCACGAAGCAAUGGACUGAUUUGCUACGGUGGGAUGCCUACGAGCUCGAGAUCCGGUCCGGAAAUACGGUUCAUCAAUCCGGCAAUUUACGCGGAAACGUUAAAUAACGAGGAUGUGGAACACGAGGUUGAAAUUCGAGUGAAGGUCAGUUCCAAAGACGAUGGACAAAUCAUGGCUAAUUGCGGUGAUUCCGCGAAGAUAAACAACAUGAUGUCCGCGUUGUCCAUCGACAACAACUUGACUACACCGUACGUGAACCAAGCAGGUGAUCAAGUUUCGGCUCAAGAAACGUAUCGCUGUUACUCCCUGAAUUCGCCGGGAACAUCUGCGUCUUUGCAAUCAAGCGUUGCACGUUCCAAGUCUGUGACCUCGUGUAGAUCCUCGAACGGAGUUGAGAGACGAUGUAAAAUUGCCAGGGAACAUAAAACAGACAGUAGCAACGAGCUUUAUCGAGAUAUCGACACUGAGGAGCAGAGGUACACGAUCAACGGACAUCGAAUCGUGCAAGUUUCUACCUCGUCGUUAUCCAGCAUCCGAAUUUCGGAGGACAAGUCGAACGAGUCUGAUCUCGCGAAGAAAAUCAGUUACACCGAGUGGACUCGAAGGAAGGAGCAAGUCGCGCGACGGAAGAAGGAGGAGGAAGAUCAGGUGGAGAGGAAGAAACAAGAAGAGGUGGAGAGACUGGCUCGCGAGAAGGAGGACAGGGAAUCCCGGGAACGAGAGAAUUUCUUGAAGUGGUCCAAGAGGAAGAAAAAAGAAAAGGAGAGGAAGAAGGCUGUGGUCGAGAAGGAGAUGGAGUUGCAGAAGCAACUGAAACAGGUCGAAGAUAAAGCAUCUGUGGUGAAGACACUGUAUCUUCGUCAGUGGGCUCGUAAAAAGAAGGAAGAAGAAAAAGCACGCCAGAAGAAGGAAGAAAUAAAACAAAAACAGAUCGAGGAAGAAAGGAAAAAAAGAUUAGAGGACAGCACGAAAGCUUAUGAGAAGUGGCGAAAAACAGCGAAGAACAAACCGAAACCUGCCACGCAAGGACUUUUACCUCAUCAAAAGGCCAAACCGGCCUAUGUGAAUCCUACACCUUGGCAACGAAUCGUUGACGACAUUGAAGACUUUCAGGAAGAUGUUUCGGACUCUGGUAGGAAGACGCAAAAUUAA